CGUUGCGCGCCACCGACAGCGCCAGUGUACUAGGCCGCUUGUGUGAUCAAACGUCUUUGCGGCGUACCCAUCCGCUCCGUUCAAGGGAACAUCAACGAGAUUAGAGGGGGACUCUCAACUUCAUUCCAGUGGCACGCGAGGAUCUGAAUCUCCUUUGAGCUCUGCCGAUCUGAUAUUCAAACGCCGGGACGAAUCUUGUCGAGGACUGUUAGAGGUCGAACCAUCGUUCACUGCUAUAAAACAGCGGGUUUAGGAGAACAACUGGUGGUACAGCUGGUGUGCUGACAGCAAGUGGAAACUGAGGUGUGGCUGGGGCUCAGCAGGUGCAGGGCCAGCCAAGGCGUUACUCCACAAUGGAUGUUGAUGAGGAGGAGAACAUGAGUUCAUGCAGCACCGACGUAAAGGAAAACCGCAACCUGGACAACGUGUCUUCUAAGGAUGGAGUCGGCCUGGUCGAACAGCUCCCCAAUGGCAGCGGAGGAGGGGGUCGCAAGCGCCCCCUGGAGGAGGGUAACAAUGGCCACUCGCAUUCCAAAUUCCGACCCAAGAAACGUAAAAAAACGCCCGGGCCGGUUCUGCCCAAGAAUGCCCUCAUGCAGCUGAACGAGAUCAAACCGGGCUUACAGUACAAGUUGCUCUCGCAGACGGGACCGGUCCACGCUCCGGUGUUUGUCAUGACCGUCGAGGUUAAUGGCCAGUUGUUUGAGGGCUCAGGUCCAACGAAGAAAAAGGCCAAGCUGAACGCUGCCGAAAAGGCACUGCGUUCUUUCGUGCAGUUCCCAAACGCGUCCGAGGCUCAUCUGGCCAUGGGCCGUACGCUGACCGUCAACACAGAUUUCACCUCCGACCAGGCUGACUUCCCCGACAUGCUCUUCAACGGGUUUGAGACGCCGACACCGCUUGAGGAAACGUUUUUUCUGGGCUCCAACGGCAACGGCUCCUUAAACCCGCUGGGAGAGUAUCCUGUGCCCCAGGCACCGGGUACUAACAGUCUCGUGCAAGCACCCCUGCCAACCCCCUCCUCCUUCAGCUCCUCGAACAGCGGAAAGAACCCGGUCAUGAUCCUCAACGAGCUUCGGCCGGGUCUCAAGUAUGAGUUUGUAUCAGAAAGCGGAGAAAGCCACGCUAAGAACUUUGUGAUGUCGGUGACCGUGGACUCGCAGACGUUUGAGGGCUCAGGCCGGAAUAAGAAACUGGCAAAAGCUCGGGCUGCCCAGGCAGCUCUGUCUGCUCUCUUCAACAUGCAGCUGGACCAGACGCCGUCCCGCCAACCCAUUCCUAGAGAGGGCUUACAACUUCACCUGCCCCAGGUUCUUGCAGAUGCCGUUUCCCGUCUGGUUGUGGACAAAUUCAGUGAGCUGACUGACAACUUCACCUCUCCACAUGCACGCCGGAAAGUUCUGGCCGGAGUUGUCAUGACAACAGGUACUGACGUCAAAGACGCUCAGGUUAUCUGUGUCUCAACGGGAACCAAGUGUAUAAAUGGUGAAUACAUGAGUGACCGCGGCCUGGCGCUGAACGACUGUCACGCUGAAAUCAUUGCCCGACGUUCCCUCAUCAGGUAUCUGUACAUGCAGCUGGAACACUUUCUGAGCAACAAUAAAGAGGAGCACCAGAAGUCUAUAUUUACACAGUGUGAGAAACGUGGCUACCGACUGAAAGACAACGUCCAGUUUCAUCUCUACAUCAGUACCUCACCCUGUGGAGAUGCUCGGAUCUUCUCGCCUCACGAGGCAGGCGUCGAGGACCAGGGAGACAGACACCCAAACCGAAAGGCGAGAGGCCAACUGAGGACCAAGAUCGAGUCUGGAGAAGGGACCAUACCGGUGCGAUCCAGUAACACCAUACAAACAUGGGAUGGGGUUCUUCAAGGGGAGCGACUCCUUACGAUGUCAUGCAGCGACAAAAUUGCAAGGUGGAACGUGGUGGGUGUCCAGGGCUCUCUGAUGAGCUACUUCACCGAGCCCAUCUACUUCUCCAGCAUCAUUCUGGGCAGCCUGUAUCACGCUGAUCAUCUCUCUCGAGCCAUGUACCAGAGGAUCGCUGACAUUGAAGACCUGCCCCAGCAAUUCUCGCUCAACCGGCCCCUGCUCAGCGGCAUCAGUAACGCUGAGGCACGGCAGCCAGGAAAAGCUCCCAAUUUCAGUGUGAACUGGACUGUAGGUGACCAGGCUCUGGAAGUCAUUAAUGCCACCACGGGGAAGGAUGAUGUGGGCAGACCUUCACGUCUGUGUAAACAAGCCCUGUACAGCCGAUGGGUGCGACUGCACUCGAAGCUCUCGUUGACCCUGCGGAUCAAAGUGCCCAAGCCCAGCUCGUACCACGAAGCCAAACAAGCCGCCGUGGAGUACCACACAGCGAAGCAAACGCUCAUCAAGGCCUUUCACAAAGCGGGUCUGGGUGCUUGGAUUAAAAAACCCAUCGAACAGGACCAGUUCUCUCUGAACUCUUGAAGGGAACAAACAAAAGACGCGACAACAACCAGCUGUUAAUACUUCACUUGAUGUAUGAGUGUGUGCGUGUGCGCGUGAAGCCGUUUGUUCACGGACAAACCAAGAACCCUUUAGCGUCUGGCAUUUUGCUCUUUGUGUGAACUCACACCUAUUGUUUUGUAAUGCAGGGGCAGAUUGUCAUUUAAAAAUUAGUGUUUGUUUUUUAGUUUUGUUUUUCAAAGUUAGUGGCAUUAGCCUAGAGCAGAUGACCGGAAGUCAUGUCAGUUUUAACUGGAAAAAUGUUUUUAGAGAUUUUAUUAGUUGUGUUUUGCGAGAGCGGGUUGUUCGGAAAAAUCCAUGAUGCCAUAAAUGCGCAUGUCACGUGGCUUCAGGUCGGCUGUGCACAAAGGUUUUCUGGUCCAGCCUAUUCGAAUGCUGUCUCAACUUUUCGAGCAUGGUUCUCUUUAAUAUGCAAAACAUAAGCAUAUUUAUAUUUUUUAUUCUGACCCUUUCCGAACUAAGUGAAGGGAGAAGCAUGGUCCCUUUAGAUAGACAUACUUUGCCGUAGUUUUAGCAUACGCCGUCUUUCUAGUCGAAAUAGAUUUCAAUUUGGACAUUUUAAUUUGCAUAUGGUUUCUUGAGAGCUUGAAAACAUCAAUUGUAUUUCUAUGUAGUUUUAAUUUGAAUCUGAAGAGAAGUUGUUAUUGAUGCAUCCAAAGUGCAUUGAUGUUUUU